UAGGUCCCUACAUAUAAUUCAUCCAUAAUUUUUCACUCUCUCAUCAAACUCCUUUUUAUUAAACAUUAAAAUUCAUAUUCAAAUUUUAUCCAAACUCCACAAGUUUUAACGCACAUGAUGGGAAGAACCCCAUGCUGUGAAAAAGAAGGUCUGAAGAAAGGUCCAUGGACUCCUGAAGAAGAUCAGAAACUUGUUGAUUAUAUUCACAAACAUGGCUAUGGAAACUGGAGAACUCUUCCCAAAAAUGCAGGUCUACAACGAUGUGGAAAGAGCUGCCGUCUUCGAUGGACAAACUAUUUGAGGCCGGAUAUUAAGAGAGGAAGAUUUUCAUUUGAGGAAGAAGAAACAAUUAUUCAACUUCACAGCAUUUUGGGCAACAAAUGGUCUGCCAUAGCUGCUCGAUUACCAGGAAGAACAGACAACGAAAUAAAGAACUACUGGAACACCCACAUUCGAAAAAGAUUGUUGAGAAUGGGAAUUGACCCGAUAACCCACAACCCAAGGCUUGAUCUUCUUGAUUUAUCUUCCAUUUUAGGGUCAACUUUUUACGAUAAUAAUACUCCCAAUUCCCAAAUGAACAAUUUCUCAAGGUUAAUUGGAAUUCAUAACUCAAUUAACCCUGAAAUUCUUAGAUUGGCCAGCAAUUUCAUGUCCUCUAACAAUAUCUCUCAACAUCAAACUCCAAAUUUUCUGCUACAAAACAUUGAAAAUCAAGAACAAUAUUCCCACAUGAUCAUCUCUCAGUUACAAUUACAACAACAACAACAACAAAUUGACCAAACCCCAGCUCUUCCGCCGCUCCAUGAAGUCUCCGCCGGUUGCAGCCCAUCCACCGCCACCUCUUGCGGCGGAGAAACUCCCUAUUAUUAUUCCUCCGGCCACCAAUUAUUAUUCCCAUCAUCAUCAAAUUUCACCUCUGAGUUUUACUCCCAAAAUUGCCAACACCCAAAUGACGAAAUAGCCUCAAAUAAUAAUAAUUUGAAUGGUUUUAAUUACUCACCUUUAGAACAGUGUGUGGAUCAGUUUCAAAGUUACGAUUUUUAUGGUUCACAUGAAGAUCAAGAACAGUUUCAUGAACAAAUUAUGGAGCCGUCGCCGGAAAAUUCGACUCUGAAUUCGAGCCCAACGCCAUUGAACUCAAAUUCAACAUAUUUCAGUACAGCCAAUGGGAAUGGGACUGAUCAAGAUGAGAAAGAAAGCUACUGCAGCCAAUUUUUCAAGUUUGAAAUCCCCGAUUUUUUGGAUGUUAAUCCCUUCGUGUAAUUCCCAAUCAAUUAGCCCCAUUAAUAUUAUCAUAGAGGCUUUAAUUUUAGAAAUGAUGCCUUGUAAAAUUUUUCCAAUGAUUUUAAUUAUGUGCCUAAAUGUAUAAUUUAGACCAUGUUCUGUC